AUGAGCUUUACCAGCCUCGCCACCGACCGGUCUGCUCUCCUUUCCCUCAAGAAUCACAUCACAUUAGACCCCUAUGGAAUAAUCACAAGCAACUGGACCAUGUCAAGCUCUCCCUGCACUUGGAUCGGAGUCACCUGCAGUUCUCGCCAUCAUAGAGUAGCUGCAUUGAAUAUAUCUAACAUGGGAAUCACCGGCGUCAUCCCCCCAGAGCUAGGAAACCUUUCUUUCCUUGUUUACCUUGACAUCAGGUACAACCAUUUUUGUUGCAAUUUGCCUCCGGAGCUGUCUCGCCUACAUCGGCUGAAAAACAUUUCUCUAGAGGCUAACAGCUUUACUGGAAUGAUUCCAUCCUGGCUUGGCUUGUUACAUAAACUGGAAUACCUGUCUCUAAGUAAUAACAGCUUUUCUGGUUUCAUCCCGAUCACCAUUUCCAACUUAUCAAAUGUCCAAUAUCUUGAUCUCUCUUACAAUUCUCUGCAUGGAACUAUUCCAGAAGAGUUAGGGAGCCUUCGUAGCAUACAGAGGUUCGGCGUGCAUUUCAAUAAUCUCUCAGGCCCUAUUCCACCUGGAAUAUUUAACCUGACAAUGGCGAAUACGAUGCUUUUUACAUCAAAUGAACUCACUGGCAAUAUACCAACUCACAUGUGUGACAACCUUCCUGUUCUUGCCAGGAUUAGUCUGUCUUCCAAUCAUCUAAGUGGCGAGAUUCCUUCGAGUAUAUCUAAUUGUUCGCAACUUCGUCGUUUGUCUCUUUCGUACAACCUCUUUCAUGGACAGAUACCAGCAGAAUUUGGCAAGCUACAACAUCUUCAGACUUUAUACUUGGGAAAUAAUAUGUUAGAAGGUGUUAUCCCACCGGACAUCGGCAAUCUUCAAAACUUGCAAGAGUUAGGCAUUGAAAGCAGUCGGAUUACAGGUCUAAUCCCAGGCAAUAUUUUCACCAUUCCUUCCUUGCAAUUUCUGCAUCUUACGUUUAAUAAUUUGACCGGGCCGCUGCCACGAGAAGUAGGAAAUGCUACAAUGCUCUCAGACAUCAAUCUCUCGCACAACGGCCUCACAGGAGAUUUGCCUGAAGAACUAGGCCAUCUUUACCAACUAAAAAGUUUGUCAUUAGAGUCUAAUAGCUUCACUGGUUCGAUUCCACGAGGAAUUUUUAACACAUCGACUCUGCAAACUCUAGCCUUCACUUCCAACAGUCUGAUUGGAACUCUUCCAACAAGUCUUGGUAAUGGUCUACCAGCUCUUGAAGAACUUUUCCUCGACGAAAACAAUCUUAGCGGAGCUAUACCUGACUCCAUAUCCAACUGUUCUAGACUCAGGCUCAUCUCUAUAUUGAACAACAAAUUCACAGGUUUAGUACCUCAUUCCCUUGGAAAGCUAAGGCUUUUGGAGCGCCUUCGUUUCGCCAACAAUAAUUUAAGGUCUCAGGAGUUGAGCUUCAUCACUUCAUUGUCAGGUUGCAGGUUUUUGAGUGAUCUGGCCUUUGCAAAUAAUCCCCUUGAUGGUGUCAUUCCUACCGCUAUAGGAAAUCUAACUUCCUCUUUGCAGAGACUUUAUGCCUAUAAUUGUAAUAUCAAGGGGCCUCUUCCUGCAGAAAUUGGCAACUUAACCAAUUUGUCGAUACUUUCUUUAAACAGCAACAAGCUGACCGGCAACAUUCCACAUUCAUGGAAGAAUUUGCAGAAGCUCCAAGGAUUGUUUAUGUUUGAAAACAGCUUGAGAGGUUCUAUUCCAGAGAGCCUCUGUGAUUUGCAAAGCUUGAUCGAGUUGCGCUUGGAUCGCAAUCAGUUUACCGGUCCUAUUCCCGGCUGUUUGGGAAAUGCAAGACUUCUACAGCUUCUUGAUCUCAACUUCAACAUGCUGACUUCAAGUAUACCAUCAAGCAUUUGGCAGCUAGAAAAUUUGAUUGAGCUUGACAUGUCCUCGAAUUCCUUGAGUGGAUCUUUACCUCCAGAGAUAAGUAGUUUAAAGGCCAUCGUGAAUAUCAAUUUAUCGAUGAACCAGUUCUCCGGACAUAUCCCAACCACAGUUGGAAAGUUGUCGAAUUUAAUUCUCCUUUCAUUGGGCAAUAACAAUUUUCAAGGUACUAUUCCUGAGUCCAUUGGGAGCAUAGUCAGUUUAGAAGGUCUUGAGCUGUCUUACAACAAACUCUCCGGAUCGAUCCCAACAUCCUUGCAGGCACUUAAGAGCCUCAACUACUUUAAUGUGUCGUUCAAUUCUUUGACGGGCGAAAUUCCUUCUGGCGGCCCGUUUCAAAACUUCACCAUUGAGUCCUUCAAAGCAAAUAAGGCAUUAUGUGGAAGUUCAAGGUUUGAAGUCCCUCCAUGCUUAAUCAAGCAUGGAUCGAAAAUGAGAAGGGUGCGCGUCGUGCUCUUUAUUCUUACAGGGGUGAUUGUGUCUAUCACGGGUGUCGCUUUUAUCUUCAUAAGGAGAUACAAAAGAAAAGAAAAUAUGGAAGAUAAAACUCAAGCCUUGAUUCCCAUUGUGCCGAAGAGAAUUUCCUACUUUGAACUCCUGCAAGCAACUGAGAACUUCCACGAAAGUAAUUUCCUAGGCGCCGGGAGUUUUGGAGCUGUCUAUAAAGGCACGUUUAGUUCCGGGAAUGUGUUGGCUGUAAAGGUGUUUAAUCUGCAAUCAGAAGCCUCUUUCAGGAGCUUCGACGUGGAAUGCCAAGUAUUGCGCGGUGUUCGCCACAGAAAUCUAAACAAAGUCCAUGGCAGCUGCUCAAGUGAAGAUUUCAAGGCGUUGAUCCUCGAGUAUAUGCCCAAGGGAAGCCUUGAAAAAUGGCUAUAUUCCCACAACUACUCCCUACAUGUCCAGCAAAGACUGGACAUAAUGAUCGAUGUCGCCUCAGCAUUAGAAUACCUUCACCAUGGCUACUCUAAUCCCAUCAUUCAUCGCGACUUGAAGCCUAGCAAUGUCUUGCUCGAUGAGGAAAUGGUUGCUCGUGUAAGUGACUUUGGGAUUGCUAAAUUGUUGGCCGAGGGGGAGAGCGUCGCGCAUACUAACACCCUUGCAACAUUAGGCUACAUUGCUCCAGAGUAUGGUUCCGAGGGGCUAGUUUCCACAAAGUCGGAUGUUUAUAGCUUCGGCAUCCUGUUGAUGGAAACCUUCACCAGAAAGAAGCCGAGCGAUGAAAUGUUUGAUGUAGACUUGAGUUUAAAACAUUGGGUUGAAAGCUUACUUCCUGAAUCACCAAUUUGUGUCGUGGAUCCCAACUUAUUGCAUCUUGAGCCGGCACAUUUGGACAAGAACUUGCAUUGCGCGUCAAGUGUAUUGGUACUGGCUCUGAAGUGCGCGAAUGAAUUGCCCGGUGACAGAAUCAACGUAAAAGAAGCUCUAGCAGAGCUUCAGAGGAUAAAGCGUCAUUUCUUGCACUGA